AUGUCCGGACCCGUCGCAGCCAAGGCGGCCGUGUUCGUCCAGUCGGAGCAGUACGAGGGCACUCGGAUCAAGGGGCCCGACUUCAACGAGCCGCAAACGCUCGAGAGUCUGUUGCAGAGCUAUGAGCGGAUAGGGUUUCAGGCGAAUGGGCUGGCGCGGGCGAUGGAGCUUGUCGACAAGAUGCGAAACUGGCGACUGUCCGACGAGCCAGUCAACCCCGACCUGCAGACGGAGGAGCUCGACCCUGAAGUCCGCGCCAACACCCGCUGCUCCAUCUUCCUCGGCUACACCUCGAAUCUCGUCUCGUCCGGCUUGCGAGAAAUCAUCCGCUUCCUCGUCCAGCACAACUACGUUUCUUGCCUCGUCACGACCGCCGGCGGGAUCGAGGAGGACCUCAUCAAGUGCCUCGGGCCGACGUUCCUUGCGCCUCGAGGAGACUUCAACCAGGACGGCGCGGGACUGCGAAGAAGGGGCUUGAACAGGAUUGGGAACCUCCUCGUCCCGAACGACAACUACUGCAAGUUUGAGGACUGGGUCGUGCCGAUCUUGGAUAAGAUGGUCGAGGAGCAGGAGACGGGCGACAAGGUGCGAUGGAGCCCGAGCAAGGUCAUCGACCGGCUAGGCAAGGAGAUCAACGACGAGUCGUCGAUCCUGUACUGGGCGCACAAGAACCAAAUACCGGUCUUCUGCCCCGCUCUCACCGACGGUUCGCUCGGCGACAUGAUCUACUUCCACACAUACAAGACCGAGACGCCCCUCUCCAUCGACAUCGUCUCCGAUAUCCGACGACUAAACGACCUGUCCAUCAAGAGCAAGAAGGCUGGCAUGGUGAUUCUCGGCGGCGGUGUCUGCAAGCACCAGAUCGCCAACUCGAUGCUCUUCCGUAACGGCGCCGACUUCUCCGUCUACAUCAACACAGGCCAAGAAUUCGACGGAUCCGAUUCCGGCGCCCGACCAGACGAGGCCGUCUCGUGGGGCAAGAUCCGCAUCGAUGGCGAGAGCGUCAAGGUCUAUGCGGACGCGACGCUUGUGUUCCCGAUGCUGGUGGCGGGGACUUGGGGGAAGGCGCAUUGGGCGCAGCAGGAGAAGGAGGAGAAGUAG